UUUAAAGAAAACAAACAAUACUAUACAAAAUGAAAAACCCUCCAUUUGGUUACACCCAGUGAUCCAAUCAUUGACCUCAUGACCCUAUAUAAACAGGAAGUAGUGGGCGGCCCUUCCCAUACACCUGUCUCACAUAUAGGACCUGCAAGCACAACAUGGACACCAUGAUGAGCGGCAGUGACGUCAACGUACUCGAUCGUACCACAGCACGACUUGUACCUGUGGAGAGCCCAGUCACAAUCUGCGGCUGUCCACCAGAGUGUUUGAGGGUCAGACCAGGAAAGGUUGUUGCUGUGGUCACAAUGAAUGGACGUUACAAUCUCAGCAUGCCAGAGCUGAGGUGUGAGACAUGUGAAGCUUCUUGGACUGCUGGAGUAGAUGACCUAAAUCUAAGUGAUUACUGGCCCUCUACCCUUCACUUUUCUACUUUGUACGCAACAGAUGCCUUCUUCACAUUUGAAGAAAUGAAGAUGGCAUCACCCGGACUCUCCUGCAAAGCAUUUUUAAAAAUGCUUAAUCAACGAACUCUCCACUUUGGCCGUACGGGAAAGAUCUCUGCAGAUGGCUUUAAGAAAAGUUUCUUUGAGUGGGAAGCCGUGAGAUAUGAAUUAGACAAGAUUUUAAAGGAGGAUCCCUUCACAUGUCAUGCAUGUGCCCCAGACAUGCUUGCAAUUUCAGUGGAUGGAAACCGCAAGCAUUACCGUUUCAAGAAUGCAGCCAGAUCUGAGGAACUGGGCAUCUUUGAAGACGCCUUCAUAGCAAAGGAUGAAGAUGUGGGAAGAUUUGUGGACUACAUACACAGCACAUCCAGACAUGUCUCCGGACGAGGUGUUUGUGGAGGGGAGUGGUCAGCAGCCAGAGAGACCUCCCAAAGAUCCAGCAGCAAGGUGGAUGAGGAGGGACUGGAGCUUGCAGUGUGUAGGCAUGGAGUGCUGCUCCGUGCUCUAAAUAUGUACAGGGGUGAAAUUUUUGCUUAUCCCUUGUACCUGCAACAAAAGCUGGCCAAUAGACAUAUCACUUUUUUUUGUAUGGAUGUUACCUGCAAGUAUUGGCCAUAUCUUGAAAGAGUAACAAAAAGCUGUCCAGAGCUCCAGCACCUUCUUAGCAUGAAGCCAUUUCUUUCAGUCUUUCAUGCUAAAGCCCACGAUUUCAAAUGUGAGGUGAAAUGGAGUGGAGCAUAUCAAGAUGGGGCUGGUUUGACUCUAGGGGAGGAGGUAGAGCAAUGUAAUGCCUUUUUGUCAAGGAUUGCAGUUACCACAAAACAUAUGUCCAAAGCAGGACGGAGUGACAUGCUAACUCUUAUGGCCAUGCGCUGGAAUCAACAAAAGCUAGACCAGUUGGCCACCUCUCUGACCCAUCGAUAUCAGAAGGCCACAAAAGCUCUUCUAACCCAGCUUCAGAACCUGGAGUCCUUAAAAGUCCAAUUAGCAGUGACUGACAGUCAACUGGAUGAAUGGGUCAGUGAUGUAAAGGAUUGGGCAGAAGCAGCAACAACAAGCACAAGUGAUAUUGAUCCCUUGGUGAGCAGAAUCGAAGUGCUCGUAGCAAGCAUAAAGAGACGAUCCCAGCGUCUGUACAAAGACACCGAUGGAAAUAAAGCCCGUGCCAAGAUUCGUCGCAAGAUCAGAGAAGAGAAAGGAAUCAUGACUUCUGCUGUGGAAAAAUACAACAGAAUGUUUCCAGACAAAGAAACUCUGUGCUUGGAAGAAAUUCUGUCUGGUGACACAAGCUGGCCGUGGCAGCGGGCACACAGCGACUCUGUCAGCCUUACAACAAAGAGAAGGGCAUUCGAUAUCAUCAUGGCAAUAAGAAGACUUGAGGAGGAAAAGAAGAUUCUUGUUACAGAGAUGGACCAUCACUGGAAAUCUCUUUCAAAAUAUGAUGAUAUCCUGAAAGAGCUGUCCGGCCUGUUUUCCAGUGAGAUAUUUAAAAGUUCGCAUUGUGGCCUAAGUGAGGAGGGUUUGAGAGGUCUACAGAGCAUCAUCCUCAGAAAACGACAGAAUGUGAAACAAAACAAGCUGCACGCAAGACAGUGUUACAUGCAAGUUUUGUCAGGAGCAAAGAACAUUAACCUUGAUCAUACUUCCGACGAUGACUUUUACAGUGACUCUGAAUAUUCUGAUUAAAGUCGGUAAUAAAUA